AUUUAUUUAUAUAUUAAAAUAAAUAUUGGAGGGGAAGUGAUAAAUAGAAGGCACAUAUCCCGUUUCGCUUGUAAAAAAGAAAAGAAAAGAAGCAAACCAACCCAAACAAGGAUCCGUUCAUCUGUUCGUCUAAUCCAACCUAGCCGUAUGGACGUGGCAGCCACCGCCGUCCUCCUCCUAUCACCGCCGCCUUCUUCAAUUACAACCGGAUCCUGCCGCCUUCUUCACUUUCCUCCUUCUAAUAAUAAGGUGUGCGCUUCCGUCCCCAUCCCUAGGCAUAAGCAUGAGAGACUCUCCGUUGGAAUUGCUGCAAAUACGAUAACAAGAAGAAGAAGAAGAAGAAGCUUUGUAGUUAGAGCAGCAACAUCCUCUUCCUCCUCGCCAGACCCAGACUCAUCUCAUAAGAUUGCACCUCUUCAGUUUCAAUCUCCAAUCGGUCAGUUUCUUUCUCAGAUUUUGAUCAAUCACCCCCAUCUUGUGCCUGCUGCGGUGGACCAGCAACUUCUCCAGCUCCAAUCUGAUCGUGAUGUUGCUCAUCACCAACAAAACCAAGAUCCUUCUCCUACCACAUCCACCGAUCUUGUUUUGUACAGGAGAAUCGCUGAGGUCAAGGCAAAUGAAAGGAGGACAGCUCUGGAAGAGAUCUUGUACACAUUGGUUGUGCAAAAGUUCAUGGAUGCUAAUAUCUCUUUGAUACCCUCUAUAACACCAGAUGCAUCUGGUAGGGUCGAUUCAUGGUCAAAUGAAGAUGGGAAACUUGAGCAGCUUCACUCGAACGAAGCAUAUGAGAUGAUCCAAAACCACUUGGCUCUCAUUCUUGGUAACAGAGCAGGAGAUCUAUCCUCCGUUGCUCAAAUUAGCAAACUGAGGGUAGGGCAGGUCUAUGCAGCAUCAGUGAUGUAUGGUUACUUUCUUAAGCGAGUUGACCAAAGGUUCCAGCUGGAGAAGUCGAUGAAAGUUCUUACAAGUGCAUCAGACGAUAGUAGUAUUCAUCAAACUAUUGUGGAUGAUGCAAGACCUGGUAGUGAAGUGGACACUUCCCAAGUGACAUCUCAUCCUGAAGUAUCUACUUGGCCUGGCGGCGAUGUCAGUCCUGGUGGAUUUGGCUAUGGUAUAAAGCCGACCAGGUUGCGUAACUAUGUGAUGUCCUUUGACGGUGAUACCCUCCAGAGAUACGCAACAAUAAGAUCUAAGGAGGCCGUGAGCAUUAUUGAGAAGCACACAGAGGCAUUGUUUGGAAGACCCGGAAUGGUUAUCACACAUGAGGGGGGAAUUGAUUAUUCAGAGGAUGAAACCAUCAAAAUUAGCUUUGGUGGUUUAAGGAGACUUGUUUUAGAGGCUGUGACUUUUGGUUGUUUUCUCUGGGAUGUUGAGAGCUACGUGGACUCGAGGUACCGUUUCGUCUUAAAUUGAGUUGUGCAUCCUCCCACAUGUUCGAAGGCAUUGUUUUCGUACAUUGGUACUGCUGAAUAGAAUACAAGUUAAUGUAGUUUGCUGUUAAAGAUAGUCCAAUUAUUGUUAAUUAAUUUAUGUGUAUAUACUAUUACUAUUUAGUGAUUUUGACUCUAGAUUUUACUAAUCAAAGAAAAUUUAUUGUUGUGUAGUUCUUUGCUCCUUUCUUUUUUUCCCAGCAAAAACUCAUUAUAGUCAUGGUUGUAGCUUUUAUGAUGAUCCUAGUAUGUAAAAGUUUCUUAUUACUGUGGUUACUACUA